AUGGCAAGCGGCGCCGCCAAGUACCGGCUGAGCUGCUCGCUCCCGGGCCACGAGCUGGACCUACCGGGCCUAGUGAGCUGUCUCUAUCCGCCGGGGGCUUUUGUGUCUGUGUCCCGAGACCGCAGGGGCUUUACAGAAAUGCACUGUAUGAGUGGCCACCCCAAUUUUGUAUCUUGUGUGUGCAUCAUACCAUCAAGUGACAUCUACCCUCGUGGACUAAUCGCCACUGGAGGAAAUGACCACAAUAUCUGCGUUUUCUCACUGGACAGUCCAGCGCCACUUUAUAUACUAAAAGGUCACAAAAACACUGUUUGUAGUCUUUCUUCUGGAAAAUUUGGGACAUUACUUAGUGGGUCAUGGGACACCACUGCUAAAGUCUGGCUGAAUGACAAAUGCAUGAUGACCUUACAGGCUCAUACAGCUGCAGUAUGGGCAGUAAAGAUAUUACCUGUACAGGGAUUGAUGUUGACUGGAUCAGCAGACAAGACUAUUAAACUGUGGAAGGCUGGAAGACGUGAGAGGAAUUUUAUGGGGCAUGAAGACUGUGUAGGUUUGGCAGUUUUAAGUGAAACAGAAUUUCUUUCCUGUGCAAAUGAUGCCAGUAAUUAAAAAAAAAAAAAAAAAAGAGAGAGAAGGUGGCAAAUCACUGGCAAGUGUCUUGAAGUAUAUUAUGACCAUACCAACUAUAUUUAUAGCAUAUCUGUCUUUCCCAAUUGUAAAGAUUUUGUGACAACAGUAGAAGACAGAUCUCUAAGAACCUGGAAACAUGGGGAAUGUGCUCAAACAAUCCAGCUUCCGGCUCAGUCUAUAUGGUGCUGCUGUGUGCUAGACAAUGGUGAUAUUGUGGUUGGUGCGAGUGAUGGUAUCAUUAAAGUUUUUACAGAAUCAGAGGAUUGGACAGCAAGUGCUGAGGAAAUCAAGGCUUUUGAAAAAGAACUCUCUCAGGCAACCAUUGAUUCCAAAACUGGUGACCUAGGGGACAUUAAUGCUGAGCAACUCCCUGGGAGGCAACAUCCGAAUGAACCUGGUACUAGAGAUGGACAGACUCGUCUAAUCAGAGAUGGAGAGAAAGUCGAAGCCUAUCAGUAGAGUGUUAGUGAAGGAAGAUGGAUGAAAAUUGGUGAUGUUGUUGGCUUAUCUGGUGCUAAUCAGCAAACAUCUGGAAAAGUUUUAUAUGAAGGGAAAGAAUUUGAUUAUGUUUUCUCAAUUGAUGUCAAUGAAGGUGGACCAUCAUAUAAGUUGCCAUAUAAUACCAGUGAUGAUCCCUGGUUAACUGCAUACAACUUCUUGCAGAAGAAUGAUUUGAAUCCCAUGUUUUUGGAUCAAGUGGCUAAGUUUAUUAUUGAUAACACAAAAGGUCAAGUGUUGGGCCUUAGAAACACCAGUUUUUCAGAUCCGUUCACAGGUGAUGGUCGGUAUGUUCCGGGCUCUUCAUCGGGGCCUUCUAAUGCUCUGCCUGCAGCAGAUCCUUUCACAGGUGCUGGUCGUUAUGUGCCAGGUUUCACAAGUAUGGGAACUCCUGUGGCUGGAGUUGAUCGGUUUACCGGGAAUAGUGCCUACCGAUCAGCUACAUCUAAAAUAGUGAAUAUUUACUUCCCCAAAAAAGAGGCUGUCACUUUUGACCAAGCUAACCCUACACAAAUAUUAGGUAAACUGAAGGAACUUAAUGGAACCACACCUGAAGAGAAGAAGUUAACUGAGGAUGACUUGAUACUUCUUGAAAAGAUACUGUCUCUAAUAUGUAAUAAUUCUUCAGAGAAACCCACAGCCCAGCAACUUCAGAUUUUGUGGAAAGCUACUAACUGGCCUGAAGAUAUUGUCUUUCCUGCCCUUGAUAUUCUUCGGUUGUCCAUUAAACAUCCCAGGGUGAAUGAGAACUUCUGCAAUGAAAAGGGAGGGGCUCUGUUCAUCAGUCAUCUUCUCAAUCUUCUGAACUCUAAAGGAAAGCCAGCAAACCAGCUGCUUGCCCUCAGGACUUUUUGCAAUUGUCUCAUUGGCCAGGCAGGACAAAAGCUGAUGAUGUUGCAGAGGGAAUCACUAAUGUCCCAGGCAAUAGAACUGAAAUCAGGGAGCAAUAAGAACAUUCACACUGCUCUGGCCACACUGACCCUGAACUACUCUGUUUGUUUUCAUAAAGACCAUAACAUUGAAGGGAAAGCUCAAUGCUUGUCAGUAAUUAGCACGGUCUUGGAAGUUGUACAAGACCUAGAAGCCACAUUUAGACUUCUUGUGCCUCUUGGGACACUUAUCAGUGAUGAUUCAAAUGCUGUACAAUUAGCCAAGUCUUUAGGCGUUGAUGCUCAAAUAAGAAAAUACACCUCAGUAUCAGAACCAGCUAAAGUAAGUGAAUGCUGUAGACUUAUACUAAAUUUGCUGUAGCAGUGGGCAGGGGGCUGAGAUUUUAAGUUAAUUACUUUUUUCUCUCAGAUUUUACAUGACUGAUAACAGAUGGUAAAACAAAAUACUGUGGAUGAAGUAACAUUUCAGAUAUUGUAAAGGGGGGGGUGACAAAGAAAAAAUAAAAAAAUUUUGCACUGAUAAAAAAAAGAAGACAUUCAGGUAGCUAACAGAUACAUGAGGAAAUGCUCACAAUCUUUAGCCAUUAGAGAAAUGCAAAUCAAAACUACAAUGAGAUUCCAUCUCACUCCAACAAGGCUGGCAUUAAUCCAAAAAACACAAAAUAAUAAACGUUGAAGAAGUUGUGGAGAGACUGGAACAUUUAUACACUGCUGGUGAAAAUACAAAAUGGUACACAACCACUUUGGAAAUUAAUUUGGCCCUUCCUUAAAAAGCUAGAAAUAGAAGUACCAUAUGACCCAGCAAUCCCUCUCCUUGGAAUACAUCCUAGAGAAAUAAGAGCCUU